AUGGGGUACGUGGAUGAAAUUGGUUACCUUUCGACAGACAAUCUUAGGUUGAGAGAGGGAAUGCGCGCAGGAUCGGUCCGUCUACUUAAUGAACAGAAUGUUCUCGAUGCUGUAGAGAUUGCGGUCGCUCGGCAGAGCAUCUCCAAGAAAAACCCCACGGAGCAAGUCCUCACGUCAGAUGAAUAUACGGUGGGUAUGAACAACAUUAGGCAUCGCUCAGACCCGACAGUUCGCCAACUGUGGGGAAAGGACGCGCGAUUCAGCGCCUAUGCAAAUUUUGAGGCGUAUACAAUGAGACAGCACAAUUCAGAUGCAAUAGAUAAGGUGAGGGAAACAAUUGCGAACAUAGAGAACAACCCGGAGAUACUGGAUGACCCUGCCUGGAGAGACCGGAUUGCAAGGGAGAUACUCGCUGCGAUUCGGACGCUGUCGGGAUUUGGAAAAAAUCAAGACGAUGAGCAAGUCAUGCAGAGCCUAUUGACUCGCUAA